AUGGCGCAGCAGCCCCUCCACAAGGCAAUCUGCCACGUCGACCUGGAUGCCUUCUACGCUCAGGUGGAGGUGAAGCAGCACCCAGAGCUGCGGGGGCAGCCAGUGGGGGUGGUGCAGUACAACCCGUACGGCUUACUAGAGACGCGGGGCCCUGCCGAGAAUCGGGUCAUGAACAGCAGCAACGGCUCGCUCAUUGCCGUCAGGCGCGCUGCGCCGCGCCGCGCCGCGCCGCCUGUGUUGCUCUACGAGGCGCGGGCCGCAGGCGUGAAGCGCAACAUGCGAGGCGACCAGGCCCGCGCCGCCUGCCCCACCAUCCAGCUCGUGCCCACCGCGCACGGCAAGGCCGACCUGACGCUGUACCGCGGCGAGGGGAAGAAAGUGCAGGACAUUCUGUCCCGCCUGGCCACGACAGAGCGGGCCUCCAUCGAUGAGUGUUACUUAGACCUUACGGACGAAGCGCAGCGGCGUCUGGCAGCCUGCGGCGGCAUGCCUCCCCUGCCGCCCAGCGCAGAGCAGGUGCACGUGAUGCAGGAGGGCGGAUUUGUGGGCGCGGCCGCCUGGUGGCAGCGCCCGCCCCACCACUGGCUGCCGGGCGAGCGGCUGCUGGCCUGCGCGGCGGCGGCGGCGGCGGAGCUGCGGGCGGCUGUGAGGGCGGAGCUUGGCUACUCCUGCUCCGCGGGGGUGGCCCACUCCAAGCUGAUGGCAAAGCUGUGCAGUGGCCUGCACAAGCCCGCGCAGCAGACGGUGCUGCCGGCCUCUGCGGUGGCCGCGCUGCUGGGCCAGCUGCCCAUACCCAAGCUCAAGGGCCUCGGUGGAAAGCUCGGGGAGCGGGUCAUGUCUGAGCUGGGUGUGGAGACGGUGGGCCAGCUGGCGGCGGUACCGCUGUCCCGCCUGGAGGCGGCGUUUGGCGAAAAGGAGGCGCAGUGGCUGGCGGCGCUGGCUCGCGGCGCGACGGACGACAAGGUGGAGGAGCGGCGCCUGGCCAAGUCGGUGGGCUGCGGCAAGACCUUCCGCGGCAGGCAGGCGCUGCGUGACCUGGCCGCCGUGCACAAGUGGCUGCUGGAGCUGGGCGGCGAGCUGGCUGAGCGGCUGCAGGAGGAUCUGCAGGAGAACAGCCGAGAGGCCAAGCUGCUCACCGUCUCCUUUGCUCCGCAGCUGCCCUGGGUGGCCACGCAGCAGCCCGGUGGCACGGCGCUGUUCCAUGCGGCGCCAGGCUACCACGCCACCACCCGCUCCUGCCCGCUGCGCAAGGCGACCGCCGAGGCGAUCGCCGAGGACGCUCUGGCGCUCAUCAAGCGCUGGGCUGCGGAGCAGGGGCAGGGCUGGAGCCUCAGCACCAUGGACGUCGCGGCCAGCAACUUUGUGGCGGUGCAGAGCGCGGCCAGCGCCAUCACCCGGUUCUUCAAGCCGACAGCGGCGGCAGCAGCGGCAGCGGCGGGAGCUGGCGAAAACUCCCCUGCUGCGGCACCAGCGGCUGCGGCUGUAUCUGAAGCGCCAUCGGGCACAUCGCCAGGCGCUGGGCUGGGUGUGCAGCAGACGGCGGCGGCAGGAGCAGCCCCGCAGGAGCAGCUGCACGAGCAGCGGGCAGGCCUCUGGCGAGAGCAGCAGCAGGGAGGGCCGGGGCAGCGUGCUGUGGAGCGGUCGCCGCAGCCGCUGCCGCCAUCCAUGCCGCAGCGAGGGGUGCAGCUGUGGCCGGAUGACGGCCCCAGCGGCAGCGGCAGUCGCAUCGCCGGCGACACGGGCGGGCUUAGCCCCUCGGCUGCAGGGCCCAGCUCUGCCGCUGGAGGCGCAGCUGCAGGCGGGGUGCACCCGCAGCAGCGCCGCCUGUCGCCGCAGCAGCGGCAGCCGCAGCAGGCACAGCAGCCGCAGCAGGCACAGCAGACACAGCAGGCGCAGCAGCUGGAUGAGACGGUGCUGGCGGAGCUGCCUCCAGAGCUGCAGCGGGAGAUCCGUUCAGAGCUGAAGAUACAGCAGAUGGUGACACACAUGGAGCACCGCAAGCAGCGUCCUGUAGGCGGCGGCUGCGGCGGCGGCCGCGGCAGCAGCGCGCGCAGCCGCGGGGCGGUCAAGCGGUCGGCCGGAGGUGGCACCAGCGCCAGCACGCCGCCGGCCGGGAACCAGAGCAUCGUGGCGUUCCUGAAGGGCAAGAGGGCCAAGCGCUGA